AAUAAAACAUCUUAAUGUUUAGCAUAAUCUGUCUGAUUUCCAUCUAUAUAUAUAGUAGACAUAUAUGGGUUAUUGUGUAACUUAAUAAAGUUUGAGGCGAAUCUGUGAAUAAAGAGAAAUAAAGACUUGUGUAUAUUUUAUUUGUUUUAUAGAUAUUCGUAACUCUUCCAUCGUCGUCGCACAUUUUGAUUUUGAAUCGAUUAUUUCACACUUGUGUAGUCCUUGUGAGCUGGCUCCCAUUGAUUCAAACAACAUCUCCGUGAGUCUCUGCGCCCACAAAGGUAUUCACGACGGUCUUUUAGCUCUAUUCUCGGUUGCGAACCAGAUCUUUCCGGCGAAUUUGAUUAUUGCAAAGUUGGAGUUUUUUUUUAGAUUUUGAAAAGAGACUGGCUUAGAGAUUCGAAUUCAUGUCGAGCUUAUUACACAGCAGAAGGGUUUGUUUAAUUUCUUCUCUCCGUAGAAAUGUCAGAGAUUGUGCGUUUACUUCUUCUUCCCCUGUUAGUCGUAUCGUCAAUUUAGGGUUUUUGGUGAGUAGAAGAAUAAUGGUUUGUUCAGUGUCACAAGUGAAAUCAGAGAAUCUCGAAAAUCAAAACCAAUGUUUGGAAUCUUUUACAGUUUCUUAUCUCGUGGAUUCUUGUGGACUGUCUUUGGAAUCUGCUAAAUCGAAUUCCAGAUUCGUCAAAUUGGUUUCUUCCAAGAAACCAGACUCUGUUCUUGCUCUCUUCAAGGACCAUGGCUUCACCACUGACCAGAUCACCAAUGUCAUCAAAUCCUUUCCUCGUGUUCUGUCACUGAGCCCGGAUGAUGUUAUCUUGCCCAAGCUCAUGUUUUUCAGUUCUAUCGGGUUUUCGACCUCUGAUACUGCGAAAAUGAUCUCUUCUUGCCCGAAAAUGCUGUCACAUAGCUUGAACAAAAGAAUGAUCCCUUGCUAUGAUGCCCUCAAGAGCAUACUCGUUGAGGAAGAAAACAUUGUCAAGUGUCUCAAGCGCGGAUACAGAUGUUUCUCAUUGAAGAUUACAGAUUGUGUGUCUCCUCGGGUCUCCAUUUGUAGAGAGCUUGGAGUUCCUGACAAAAGCAUCAAGUGGUUGGUUCAAGUGUCUCCAAUCACUUUUUUCUCUCCUGAGAGAAGAUUCAACGAGCUCUUAAACAGAGUUUGCAGUUACGGUUUUGACCCCAAAAAGGCGGGUUUUGUUCACGCUAUGGUAGCCUUUGAUCACACGAGUGAAGCAACAAUGGAACGGAAAUUUGAAUUGUUCCAACGUUUUGGUUGGUCUAAAGAAGAUUUCGUCGCAGCAAUCAUGAGAUUCCCAAACUGUGUGAUGGUUUCAGAUGAGAAGAUAAUGUACACGAUGGAGUACCUUGUAAACAACAUUGGUCUGCAGGCUCGUGACAUUGUUGCAAGACCGGUGGUGUUAGGCCUGAGCAUGGAGAAGAGAAUCAAACCAAGGAACCAGGUCAUCUCUUUGCUUCUCUCUAAAGGACUUGUGAAGAAUGAAGACAUCAACUAUUUCACUAUACUAAAGCUGAAAAGCUCUGAGUUCAUGGAUAAGUUUGUGCUGAAACAUCAGAAUGAGAUGCCACAACUUGUACAAACCCUUGCAAGUAAUCGAUGAGUCUAAAAUAGAUUGCGGUUUUGGCAGAUUUCGUAAGUUUGUUCUAUUAGAGAAGUGAGAACACAACACUACUGCUGAUAACACAUUUUCUUGUAUCCGAUCAUGUUCUGGUGAAUGUUGUUGUGACAUUUAACUUGACAUCACAAAAUGAUUGACCUAAAUUGCUUUGCUUAUGGUAAUUUUGUUGGUUCUGUUUAUUGUGCACAAAGAAAUAUCUAUGAUGAUGAUACUA